GCCACAGCAGCUGUAAAGGAGGCUCCACAUACAAGCGUCUGGAAGGAAUUAAACGACUGAAACACUUUUGGUCACCACUCUGCACGUUGGCUGGCCUGGAUGCUUGGGAGAAAUUCUAACAGAGACUUAUCUAUGUGUGCCUCAAGAUAAUGCUGACCUGACAUCCAAUACCGUUGGGAAUAGACGCUGGCAAAUUUGACGUCUUUUUGCAUUUCAUCCCGUAUACUUUUGUAUAUUUUACACAUCGAUGCAGAUAUUUUUUUAAAUAAUGAGAAGUACCAAAUUGUUUGACACGCCCCCUUUUCAACAAAAAUGUACACUUUGACAAGUAUUUUACCGGACACAACAGUGAAAUAUAUAGGAGUCUUCUCAGUGGAUUCAUGAGACAUAUUACCAACCCUCAAGAAGUUUUGUCCAUUUUUUCACGUGGUGAACUGGUACCAACGCCACCUGAGUUGACGCAUCGUUGAGGGGGACGAGCAGCUUUUGAUUCAAGAUGAAUUGUCAAAAAGGGCUCACAUACCUGCGGAUACUCGGCACCACUUUGUUCGGCGUGUCCCUCCUCGUGGGCAUCUCCACCGCUUACAUUAUGGGUUACCAGUUCUUCACCACAGCCCACAAUUACUUAUCCUUUGGCUUGUACGGCGCCAUCUUGGUUGUUCAUCUCAUUAUCCAGAGUCUAUUUGCACUGUUGGAACACAGAAACAUGAGGAGAUCUUUGGAGACACCAAUCAAACUGAAUAAAUCAUUAGCAUUGUGCAUCGCUGCCUAUCAAGAAGACCCCAACUAUCUGCGGAAGUGCCUCAUUUCAGUAAAAAGACUGACCUAUCCCGGGAUCAAAGUUAUUAUGGUGAUUGAUGGGAACAAUGAUGACGAUUUGUACAUGAUGGAGAUAUUCAAAGAGAUCAUGGGCUGGGAUAAAUCGGCUACAUAUGUUUGGAAGAGUAAUUAUCACGCCAAAGGACCAGGGGAGACGGAGGAGAGCUUCGCUGAGAGCCUGCAGCAGAUCUCCAGGGUAGUCCUCAAUAACAAGUGUGUGUGCAUCAUGCAGAAGUGGGGAGGCAAGAGAGAGGUCAUGUACACCGCAUUCAAGGCACUGGGCCGGAGUGUCGACUAUGUGCAGGUCUGUGACUCAGACACUAUGCUGGACCCAGCCUGCUCAGUGGAGAUGGUCAAGGUUUUGGAAGAAGACCCAAUGGUGGGGGGUGUCGGAGGAGAUGUGCAGAUUCUGAACAAAUACGAGUCAUGGAUUUCCUUCCUGAGCAGUGUGCGAUACUGGAUGGCCUUCAACAUAGAGCGGGCAUGCCAGUCUUACUUUGGCUGUGUGCAAUGCAUUAGUGGGCCACUGGGAAUGUACCGAAACUCCCUCCUGCAUGAGUUCCUGGAGGACUGGUACAAUCAGACUUUUAUGGGAUCUCACUGUAGUUUUGGAGAUGACCGGCACCUCACAAACCGAGUGCUUAGUCUGGGAUAUGCCACCAAGUACACAGCACGCUCCAAGUGUUUGACAGAGACGCCUAUCACAUACCUGCGCUGGCUCAACCAGCAAACCAGGUGGAGUAAGUCCUACUUCAGAGAGUGGUUGUACAACUCCAUGUGGUUUCACAAACACCAUUUAUGGAUGACAUAUGAGGCUGUCAUCACAGGCUUCUUCCCUUUCUUUCUUAUUGCCACUGCCAUCCAGCUCUUCUACCAAGGAAGACUCUGGAAUAUUCUGUUGUUUCUUCUGAUAGUGCAAGCGGUGGCAUUGAUCAAAUCCACAUUUGCCAGCUGCCUUCGAGGGAACAUAGUGAUGGUGUUCAUGUCUUUUUACUCUGUACUAUACAUGUCAAGUCUUUUACCAGCAAAGAUGUUUGCCAUAGCAACUAUCAACAAGUCUGGAUGGGGCACAUCUGGGAGGAAAACCAUUGUGGUAAACUUUAUUGGGUUGAUUCCCAUAUCAGUGUGGUUUACAAUCCUUUUCAUUGGGAUCAUUUACACUGUGAUCCUACAGACUAAGAAGCCCUUCCCUGAUUCAGAGAAGUUAGUUCUGGUCAUAGGAGCAGUAGUCUAUGCCAGUUACUGGGUCAUUCUCUUGACUUUGUAUGCAGCGCUCAUAAACAAAUGUGGCAAGAGGAAGAAGGAGACACACUACGACAUGGUGUUGGACGUAUGACACCUGUCAUCCUCUACUCCCUUAGUUUUUCUGUCACAAUAUGUAGGUAUCGUAUAAAAUGCUGCUCUGGAGACAUUGGUUGAGGUGAACCAAAAUGGGCAAACCAAACAACUUGAAUUCUCAUUUUAAUGCAAUGGCUGCUAUUUUGUUAAAUCAUGGAAAACCAGUGUGUGUUGUGGCUAUUAGAUCUAAUAUUUAAAUAGAGAAAUGGAUUAUAUUUAUUUUAAAUAUGUAUUAUGAUCAGUUUAUCCACAGUGUAGUUGACAGCAAGAGCGCUAGGCUUUAUAAUAUUUAGCUACCUCUUCAUGUGUCAUUUCCCUGAGCUCAUACAUUCAUCAAACAAACUGGAAGAAUCAGUUUUGCCCAUUGAGGUUGUGCUCAGCCAGUGGCGAUAUCUUCUUCCAUUGCACCAUUGUGACCAGUGUGUCGAGCAACAGCAGACACAGCAACCUGAGAGAUCUGCCACUACACUAUAUGUAUCCGUUUGGACGGUGCUGCUGUGAGAAAUAGAUGUAUAUUUUACUACAGGAACUUGGUGCUAACAGCUUUUGAUUGUCAAUGCUUCUUGGUCAGGCCUUACUAAGCGCAGUUACUGCAAAGCAAUAAAUGGUUGAAUGAAUGACACUAAACAAUGCAAUCAAAUCAAACCAUGAAAUACAAUAUCUUCCCAAGUUCAAGGAGCUAAGGUGUAAAUAGACAGUAAACAAUAUAAGGGCACUAUAAGACCAGCAGUCCAUGGUCCUACGAUACAAGUACCCUUCACAGACUUCUCUGAAAGACAUUCACUUUCUUUGCUUAGGUUAUUUAUUGUAUCUGCCUGCACUCAUUGAAUGUGCACAAUAAAAUGUGAAAACAUAACACUAUGCCAGAACUGAACAUCACAGUUACUGAUUUGUUCAAGCCAAUCAUGUCAUCUAACUUCCUACAAUGAAUGACUGCAGUUAUUUUUAAAACAUCGUUUACAUUGUGAAUAAUCUCAAAAUAAUGAAUGGUGAGUAGAUCUAAUCUCCACCUGUUUAUGUGAUCAUAUGACCAGAUGAGGAUGUCGUAAACUUGCUGCUGUCACUUUUGCAGAAACAGUGACUAUAGUUUUUAUAUGAUGCAAUGAUGCAAAUGUAACACUAGUUUUUAAACUGAUGUAUGUUUGUAAAUUCACCAACAUGGCGGACAGGUUCAAAUCCAAAAACACUGUGCCUCUCAACUGAUUCAUUGUCAAAGUGCCACAAAAAAUCCUUUUACUACCUUAUAUGGGAACGUGAACGGGGCACUGGAGAGAAGGAGCAGGUUUUGGAAGGAAUCACGUCCCGUGUUUGCAAUGCAGCAGGAUCAGACAUGAGUUUAAUUUUGAUGCACUUUUGUGUCUAUCCUGUUGCCCUUGUGUUGCUUGACUGAAACAUGAUAAAAUACCUCAGUGGUUGUUUUUGCCUUGUAUCAUUGUCAGGAUACAAUUAUAUUCUGAUUGUUUUUACUAAUUUAUAUAUUUGUUUAAGUGAAAAAUUUUACUUUUAUGCACACUUUCCCUAUUAAGUCAAAGCUGGAUUUUUUCUGCCUUUUUGGCCCUUUUUGCUGUAGCCAGUGUCAUCUGUAUUUUAAUACAUUUUAUAGGCAUUAUAUAUUCUAUUUUUGCUUAUCUACCAAAGAGCUUUUAUUUUCAUUCAUGUUUUUUUUUUUUUUUUUUUUCAUAAGAGAGUGAAAAACAUUUAGUUUCUGACCAAACAAUGUGAAAUUUUGAGCUGUGGGUUUUGUUUGCAAUAACAAUGAAAUGCAAUAGGGAUAAGUUAUUGAGUGCAAAAGGAGACAAACCUGUGGCCUUUACUUUACUGUAUUUAAGUAAGAAUUUUCUUUUUAUAGGAUUUGUACUUGUACAUGUGCUUGUACAAGUACAUGUAAAGUCAUUAGGCAUCCGCUGCAUUUUGUACCAAACAUUAACGAUUAUAGCAAUAAGUCAAAUGCAGUGCCAGUGCCUUUAUGAAAUACAGGGGAGUUUUGAUGUGAUUUUUGAUAAUGAGACCAAUUUUAAGCCAAAAGAACAAUGAACAGUGUUAUGUCAAAGCACUUUUGUGUUGUGCCAAAUAAACCAGUGAAAUCCUUUUGUAA